AUGACCGCCGGGCUUUACCCAAUCCCAGCCACGGCUUCCUCUUCCUCGGCCACCGCGUCCUCCUCCUCGUCUGCCCCCGCGACGGCGGCGGCGGGCUCCAGCGGCGGCCCCGCGGCCGGGAUCCUCAUCGGCGACAGGCUCUGCUCGGAGGUGUCGCUGACCAUCGACCACUCGCUGAUUCCGGAGGAGCGGCUGUCGCCCACGCCGUCCAUGUACGACGGCCUCGACCUGCCCAGCGAGACGGACCUGCGCAUCCUGGGCUGCAAGCUCAUCCAGGCCGCCGGCAUUCUGCUCCAGCUGCCCCAGGUGGCGAUGGCAACGGCGCAGGUGCUGUUCCACCGCUUCUUUUACUCCACGUCCUUCGUCAAACACAGCUUUGAGAUUGUUGCCAUGGCUUGUAUCAAUCUCGCUUCCAAAAUCGAAGAAGCGCCUCGUAGAAUAAGAGAUGUGAUAAAUGUUUUUCACCAUUUACGUCAGGUAAGAGAAAAAAGGACACCAAGCCCACUGAUCCUUGAUCAGAACUACAUAAACACCAAAAAUCAAGUGAUCAAGGCAGAGAGAAGGGUAUUGAAGGAAUUGGGAUUUUGUGUUCAUGUCAAACAUCUGCACAAAAUCAUUGUUAUGUAUUUACAAGUCUUAGAAUGUGAACAGAAUCAAACCCUGGUUCAGACAGCCUGGAAUUACAUGAAUGACAGCCUUCAAACCAAUGUUUUUGUUCGAUUUCAGCCAGAGACAAUAGCAUGUGCUUCUAUCUACCUUGCAGCUAGAGCGCUUCAGAUUCCACUGCCUACUCGACCUCAUUGGUUUCUGCUCUUUGGCGCCACGGAAGAAGACAUUCAGGAUAUCUGCAUAGAAACACUUAGGCUUUAUAUCAGAAAAAAGCCAAACUAUGAAUUGCUGGAAAAAGAAGUAGAAAAGAGGAAAGCAGCCCUGCAGGAAGCUAAAUUAAAAGCAAAAGGAUUGAAUCCUGAUGGAACUCCAGCCCUUUCAACACUGGGUGGCUUUUCUCCAGCUUCUAAACCAUCAUCACCAAGAGAAGUAAAGCCAGAAGAGAAAACACCGAUAUCGGCCAGCACGAAGACCAUCAAAAAAGAACCUGAAGACGGACCGCAGGCAUCCAAGAGUCCUUACAAUGGCGUUCGGAAAGACAGCAAAAGAAGUAGAAACGGUAGAAGUGGGAGUCGGUCAAGGUCACGAACCAGGUCACGUUCUCGAUCUCAUACACAGAGAAGACAUAACAACAGGAGAAGUCCAUCUGGAACAUACAGCUCAAGGUCGAGAAAUCGAUCCCGCAGUCACAGCGAAAGUCCUCGGAGACACCACAACCAUGGCUCUCCACACCUUAAAGCCAAGCAUGCCAGGGAGGAUUUAAAAAGCUCAAAUAGACAUGGUCAUAAAAGGAAAAAAUCCCGCUCUCCAUCUCAGAGCAAAUCUCGGGAUCAUUCCGAUGUUGCCAAGAAGCACAGGCACGAACGGGGACAUCACCGCGAGAGGCGAGAGAGGUCGAGGUCCUUUGAGCGCGCACACAAAGGCAAGCACCAUGGCAGUAACCGCUCGGCACAUGGCAGGCACAGGCGCUGA